CGAUGUCAAAGAUUCUCGUUACAGCAAUACGAAGUGCUGGUACUUGUAUCAUCAGAACUUCGUUGUCAUUCUUGUCGGUAUUUCUUCACCUACGGUACACACAAACUCCGUUACGACACGAUACCGAUUGCCGCACUCGGAUUAUUCUCGGGAAGCAGCGGUUGCUUUCCCCCCUUGCUGUCUAAAGAAUAAGAUUGAACGAUGCGGAUCGGCGGAAACGCCGUCGCGUUUCGGACCUUCCGAUCGGCCGCGGGGAUUCGAACGGGAACCGCCGAUGCGCUAGCAUCCGCUGCUGCGUCCCGAGCUCCGUUUUGCAAAACCAUCGACCGCGCGGUCGCGAUUCUCUCGAACCCCUCGCCGAGACGGGCGUGGACUCAACAAUCGUCGACGACAACACCGACCUGUACUACCAGCCGGAGCCGCCGCUGGUUCCGGGUGGGUGGCAGCGGUAUCCAGCACCAGCACCAGCACCUCCGAGGUGUCGAUUCCGUGUGGGCGAAACGCGCAGCCGCGGCAGCAGCGAUUGCUGCCUCGGGCGUAGCGUGCGUGUGCCUCGGAACCCGGGAACGACACGGCCUCCCGGCCUCCAACGGUCACCACCGCAACCGACGCGGGACAACCCCGCUGGUAGCGAUCCCGGCCGCCAGCGACCAGGAAUCCAGAACCCUAGAUCCACCAGAGCCCGGGGCACCAGUUCGGGCGUACAUUGCGACGAGCACUUCUCCGGCUGCCCCGCGCCGCAGGGACACACUCCGCGUCCAGCUCGGUGGAUCGUCCGUGGUCCUCGUGGACCACCAUUCUUCCGGCGAGGGCACCACCAGCAGGCCCGUGGCGCACGACGCCAGCGUCCCGCUGGUCUUGCCCGAGGACGAGGCCACCAUUUCUCCCUUUCUGUACUGCCUCAUGUCCCAGGCAAAACUGGUCCGCAUACGGGAAGAGGACCAGGAGCGGACCCACCUCCCGAUCGGUCUCCCGGGGUUUGCCUGUGCCCAUUGCUGUAAGGGUUGCAGCGGCGACUCGCAAUCCCACAGCCGCAAGCGUUGGAGCCGGAUCUUUCCCACGGACCGGAGGACGCUGCCCUCGAGGGUGCGGAAACAACUCUACCGCCACAUACAGAGGUGCGAGCGGUGCCCGCUCGAGGUCAAGCUGGAGCUGAGGCGACUGAAAAAAAUGGAAGACGAAUCCACCACGUGGAAGGGGAAGCACAACAAGAUCUCGAGGGAGGAACGCCUUUUUUUCAAGAAAUUAUGGUUCCGAAUGGGGCACAAGGAGGAAUUGUAAGCUAAAAAUUUAAUCUUACGGGUAUGAUUCAAUGGCAAGAACGAUAUAGGUGUAGACACACGGGAAAGUACAAAAGGCCAACUAGGCAAACCAAAAAUUGCUGGGCUUCUAUUUAUCUCCUAGCUGUUUGGAAGAAAUAGUUGGAACUUAGGCAUCCUUCCAUAAACGAAAAGAAUAGAU